CUCAAGUCAGUGCGACAAAAGAGGUGAACUGGAAAAUAUUAAUGAUACCUCAGAUAGGCCCCAGUAGUGGUAAACAACUCCCGGUCAAGCAUCUGGACAACACAAUGACGUCAGACCUGCUCCAGCACAUUCACACUCAAGUGACACCAGUUCACUUUGCCAAGGAGCUGAGGGGGUAAUGGUUGAAAGACAGACAGCAAGAAAAGAGCAGAGGGGGGAGACAGGAGUGUGUAUGAAAGAAGAGACAGACAGAGCGAGUUCCUCAUAAGUCCUCAGAACUGCUAGAGAUCUCAUAACCGAGGAGACAGAGAGACUAGGCGAGGCGUUAACAGCUGACAAACACAAAACUCCUAGUUAGACAAAUUUAGGAUAUCACCAACCUAACAUGAUGGAAGUGGUCCUGACCAGACUGCGGGACUUCUCCUGCAAGACCACGACAUUUGAUGACUGCAAUCCAGCUGGGCAGAGUGUAUGCAGGGACCCUCGGAGCAGGACUGACCACCUAAGAGCAGGGUGCACAGCUGGAGGAGAAAGCAGUAAACUGGACAUCGAGAGUGCACUGGCCUGGCUGCGAAGAGAAUUGAUGGAGAUGCGCUCCCAGGACCAAGCUCUGAUCCGGCAGCUGAUGGAGCUUCACUCCGGCAUCCAGGAGCUUAAGCAGGAGUUUUCUGAGGAAGAGCAAGAAGAAGAAACAGAUGAGGAUGAGGAGGAGGAGGAGGAGGAGGAGGAGGAGGAGGAGGAGGGCAGCUACUGGGACUCUGAGAGUGAACGAGGAAGUAGCAGCAUCUACUCCAGCUCUGGGGAAGUGGGCUUCUCCAUUUCCCUCCUGAAGAUGGCUCGGCCCCUGUAUUCGGGAGUUUUAUCGAAGAGGGCAUUCAGCAGGCGAAGCUCUGUGCCUUGAAAAUUCAAACAAUUAGAAGAAAUU